UCUCUCUGCCCGCUCUGUUCUGUUCUCUUGUGUUCUGUGUUGGCUCAUGGCGCUCAGCGACGCGGACACUCUUCCCGGGACAUUUCCUGUCCUGCACUGAAACACUGUAGUUGUGGUCGAUGUGGUCAGAAUGCGGCUCUGCAGCGGUCUGUGUUCUCCCGGGAGGCUUCGUGAAGCAGCGGCCGGAGGGGAGUCGAGGCAGCUGAGAUAACUAACUGGUGCUAUGGUGGGACCUCCUGGAAGUGAAGGAAGAGGUCGGCUUCACACACAGCUCAGCGCUUUACACAGAGCCAUGGAUCUAUCCAGGAGUUCAGUGGUCUGAACACAGCCAGGUGAGCUUGGUGGGCUUGGGAAAGCUUCCCCCUUCUACCACCAUCACCUCACUGAGCCUGAUAAGCUCCAGACACUCACAUACACCACACUAACCUCUUAUUUAGGGGACCCACCCACACAGCAAAAGAGCAGCACGAGCACAGCAAACAUGACAGACAGAGUGAGCUUCAGCACACCCAAAGUCAACCCUCGGGCCACAGCGGCUCCUGUGCUUCCCCCUGAGCCCAUCGACAUCAUUCGCAUCAAGGCCCGAUCACGGCGAGUCAGGCUCAAUGUCGGAGGGCUUACACAUGAAGUCCUAUGGAGAACACUGGACCGACUGCCCAGAACCCGUCUGGGACGGCUAAGAGACUGCAACACCCACGAGUCCCUGCUGGAGAUCUGUGAUGACUACAGCCUCAGUGAGAACGAGUACUUCUUCGAUCGGCACCCAGUGGCCUUCUCCUCCAUCCUCAACUUCUACAGAACAGGGAAGCUCCACAUGAUGGAGGAGAUGUGCGCCCUGUCCUUUGGCCAAGAGCUGGACUACUGGGGAAUCGACGAGAUCUAUUUGGAGUCAUGCUGCCAGGCACGGUACCACCAGAAGAAGGAGCAGAUGAAUGAGGAGCUGAGGAGGGAGGCGGAGACGCUGAGGGAGGGGGAGGGGGAGGGGGAGGAGGAGGGCUGCUGCCCCGACAAGAGACAGAAGCUCUGGGAUCUGCUGGAGAAACCCAGCUCAUCUGUGGCUGCAAAGAUCCUGGCUAUGAUCUCCAUCCUGUUCAUCAUUAUUUCCACCAUCUCAUUGUCCCUCAACACUCUGCCGGAGCUUCAAGUGGUAGAUGAAUUUGGCCAAUUCAAUGACAACCCUAGUCUAGCCCACGUGGAAGCUGUCUGCAUUGCCUGGUUCACAAUGGAGUACAUGCUGCGCCUGCUAUCAGCACCCAACAAGUGGAAUUUUAUCAAAGCCCCUCUGAAUAUAAUUGAUUUGCUGGCUAUCCUGCCUUACUAUGUGACCCUCUGUCUGACUGAGUCUAACAAGAGCGUGUUGCAGUUCCAGAACGUGCGUCGUGUUGUUCAGAUUUUCCGAAUUAUGAGAAUUCUAAGGAUCCUGAAGCUUGCCAGGCACUCAACAGGACUGCAGUCUUUGGGAUUCACUUUGCGAAGAAGCUAUAAUGAGUUGGGUCUGCUGAUCCUUUUCUUAGCCAUGGGCAUCAUGAUUUUCUCUAGCUUGGUGUUCUUUGCUGAGAAGGAUGAGGAUGCAACCAAAUUCACCAGUAUCCCUGCCUCCUUCUGGUGGGCUACCAUUACUAUGACCACCGUUGGUUAUGGAGACAUCUACCCACAAACCCUGCUUGGAAAGAUUGUAGGUGGACUUUGCUGUAUUGCAGGUGUCUUGGUCAUUGCCCUUCCAAUCCCAAUCAUUGUUAACAACUUCUCAGAGUUCUACCGGGAGCAGAAGAGGCAGGAGAAGGCCAUCAAGAGGAGGGAAGCUCUUGAAAGAGCCAAACGGAGUGGUAGCAUUAUUUCUAUUAACCUAAAGGAUGCUUUCGCACGUAGUAUGGAACUCACAGAUGUCUUGGUAGAAAAGAGAGAGGACAGUAAAUGUCCUGUGGACAAUCACCUGUCACCCAGCCGCUGGAGCUAUCACAAACACUACUCCAAUGCAGAGGUGGGUAGUCCAGACAGGUCCCAACAUUCACAUUACCAGGAAGUGGCUCAGCUGGGCUCCCCUGAUCGAAAGCCUUCAUCUAACAAAACUACCCCUCAACACCUCAGCGCUAAGCGGCUGGAGGAUGCUUACAAUGAGACACUAACUAUUCGGGAGCAGCAAGAGAAAAUUAUGGAGGAGCAGAUGGAGAUGAAAGUGUUGACCUCAACCCAACCCCAGCAAACGUCACCUGAGGUAAAUAUCGCAAGAGGAUCCUCUAAUGUGGUUGAUGAUUUUUCAGCGGAAAGAGGAGAAAGAAGCUCCCUGCUACCCAGUGAUGAUGGGGGUCAAACUGGUCUUAGACAGCAGCGUAUCCCCCCUCCCUUGGAUCUAAGUCAGAUCAGCGCAUUGGAGGUGAACAGAGGCUCUGACGGCAUCCAGCCAAUGACCAUCAUCAAAGAGGGUUUGUAUGAGUUUGUGUCCACUCCCAGAGGAAGUGGGACUGGAGAUACUGGUAUGGUGCCACAGAGCAUUGGAACAACCUAUGAUGGCAUCUGCAGCUCCUUGCGAGAUUAUAGCAGCCCUCAAAAGGCAAAAGCCCUAAAGGUUGACUUCAUUGGAUCCCAAGAUGAUGUGCUAAUGGCAGUGAUGACACCUGUGGCCACCCCAGCCUCUGCUGGCUCAGCCAAGCUUGCUCAGCUCCUUUCCGAUGACAUGGUGUCCAGGUUUUCACCAUCUCCUAGCUCGGCAACGAAAGAUUGUAAGUCUCCCGUGGCGAUCCUGCAACCUGCGUCUCUGGCCCAGCAAUCUGUCGGUCCAACCAACUCCCAGGGGGGAGGUGAAGGCUCAGCAUCCAAGAGCUUAGAAGGUGAAGGGCAGCUCACAGGCUUAAGCCACCAGGGGAGGAAUCACAUGGAGCGGUCUGCUGUCAGCUCAGGCAGCAAUGCGAGCCCACUGUCAGCUAAAGCCAGCCCGCUCAACUGCACCCAGGAGCUAGUGUCUAUGGAGGGAGGCGAAGAAGGAGAAGACAGGGAGGGGGCAGAACAGAGUAGAGAGAAACAAGAAAACCACAUUGUUCGUGAUGGAAACAUGACACCGCCCUGUGAAACAAGCAUGUAAUCCCAAAAGUAUGAGAGGGUUCUGAGACAGGGAUGCCAAAUGGAGUGGUUGAGGAGAGGGUUGUUGGGAAGCGUGACAGCAACUGCCCAGAAUAAACUGUAACAACUAUUACCUGAUGUGAACAAAGACACAUUCAUUUAAAUGAUAACAAAACUUUCACAAUAGUUGUUGUGGUUUUUACUGGAUAGAGGCGCUCAUCAUAUCCCACAAGACUUUUGGACUCUCACCUCUGGUUCUGAGAAACACUGCUGUCCAGGAGCAUACAUCUCGCAGUGUAGUCACAUGGCUUUAUUACCGGACACUGAGGGAGGUCAGAAGCAUGUGCCCACUGUCUGGGUCCUAUUUGAAAGGCCCUGUCUCAUGUCAGUGUUACCAGACUGAUAUGCUGCAGAGCACAACAGUGACAACUGAUUAAUCCUUUAAGGCUCAGAUGUGAGCAAAAAUGAAGCCUUUUUUGAAUGAAUAUUUAUGACUACCUUGAAGAGUUUUUUGUGCACAUCUCAAUAGGCUUAAUUUGUUGAUUCCUAUUGCUUGCUAUUUAGGUCUAUUUCUUAUGAUGGACUAAUAACACCAAGGAAAGAUGGAAGGUGGAAGGAAAUAAUAUUUUUUACAAUUGCCUAAGCAACCUUUGAAAAUUUAUCUUUUACAAGACUUCAGAAAAUGAGUCUCUAUUCUGUAUUAUUAUUAUUAUUAUUAUUAUUAUUAUUAUGGGUAUUGCUUACCCAUCACUCUGUGGUCCCAGGUAUUGCACUCUUGUAAGGGGACCCAGAUCAAACACAAGCACACAGGACUAAAAGUCCCACUCUUAUCACUUCAUUGGACUCAAAUAGUAUUACAUAGUCCAAGAGGACAUGUGCAUCUGCUCAAUCCUGAACAAUGAUAUUUUGUCUCUGCUCAACAAGGAAUGUUCUGAUUUAUGUAUGUUUCUGUUUUUUUGUUUUUAAUUUUUGUCUCUCCUUUUUCUAUAAUUUGUGAAAUGAAAGCAGCGUCUUGAAGAUGAAAAGGGAAUGAAUAGAGAUUCAAAGGCUAUUGUGUUCAUCUUUAAAUCACUGUUUGCAUACACUUUUAGAAUAAUAAUAAAAAAAAAUCCUAAAAAAUGAAUUAGCUUAGGAUACAGCACUAUAUACUCAAAAGGACAUGUGUGAAAUGAGCAGAUAUAUACAGACAAAGAGAGGAAAGUGCACAAGCACAGUGGCAAAGUUCAAUGAUCACUGGUGUGUGGUCAUCACACACUGCCUGUGUCUCAGCUCAGGGGCUCCUCCUUCGUGUCACACAUUUCUAUACCGUUAUAACAGGCUGAUGAGACUUGGCCUGAUGAGACUAUUUCAAAUCCAAAUGUGGCUGAGAAAUGUUCCCUUGUUUUCCCAACUUGGUUAGGGUUAAGGUUGAGCAUGUUGUAUAAGGGUUGAUAAGGAGCAUCCAAAAACAUCAUCUGUUUUGGUCUCUGUGAGACUAGUGUCUUAUUAACGAAUAUCUGUUGAUUACAACUUUGGUCUUGUUGUGUACAAACAUUUGAAGUUAAAAGCAGAAGAUCUGGGAACACCAAUAAAAAAAAGUUUAAGAAAAAAAAAUGUUUAAGAAACAUAAGCAGUCCCACAAUUAGACACAUUGCAACCAAACCAACAAGUUACUCAAACUUAUUUGGUAGAGAAAAAUAAACUUUUAAAAUAUAGCCCAAACUACCAUCACAAUUUACAGAUCCAUCACUCCAUCUAGGCCCUCAGUAUGAUCUCAGAUCAAGCACCUGUUUCAUUUGAACAGACCAUGUUCACACAGAGGCCAUUUUCCUCUGACAUCACACUCCGGAGAGAAGCUCGAAUGUCACACUGCUGUGUUCCAGGUUGCAAACCAUACAUUUGAUAACCCAGCUAACGGAAGUGAAACAUCCAUCCAUCCAUCCAUCCAUCCAUACAUCCAUACAUCCAUACAUCCUUCCAUCCAUCCAUCCAUCCAUCCAUCCAUCCAUCCAUCCUUCCAUCCAUCCAUCCAUCCGUCCACCUCAACAGGGUAAUCCAGAUAUCCCUUUCUCCUGCAAAGCUUUCCAGAUCCACCUGGGGGAACACAAGGCCUUGUCCAAGCCCACAAACCAAUAGCGAUUGGAUGAGCAAACUCCUAUGACCCCCCCAGCAAGCCCUCAAGGGUGAAGUGCUGGUCCACUGGUCCAGGGUUCCAUGGCCGGGACUGAAUCUGCAAUGUCCACCUGAAUCCAAGCCUCCUUUCCAGCACCCUGGAAUAAACCUUCCCAGGGAGGCUGAACAGUGUGAUACCCCGACAACUGGAGCACACCAUUUAACUACACCAUGUGUGAAACACACAGGGUGUAAUUAAAUGGUAAUGUUAUCUAGAAUGUGGUUUAAUGCCAACGUUAGGUAAUGGUCUUCAAAAUAUGGAAUUAGAUAUUGAAAUAUGGCUCAAUGUCCUUCCAUAAUUACACCAUCCAUCAACGUUUUUGGUUGCUGGCCAGCCAGGAAGUAGUGAAAUUGUUCUGAUUUCACCUGCAUUUAUGAUAUUUGCAACCUGGAACCAGCUUCUCACCUUGAGCAUGGGAGUAGACUUCGUCCAACAUUUUUUUUUCCCCCCAAACUAACAACCGGAAAAAUGACUGCCACUGAGGUGGGCCAGGUCUGAUAAUGUGUCUGACCAGACAAGCCAUAAACAUCUUUAUCAACAGCCGAGACUAACACCAUGAAUGCUUCUGAGGAGAGACUGUUGGUACGUGUGUCAGUGUCUCCAUUUACACAAUUUGUUUGAUCAAGACUCUCAGGACUCAAAAAGGCACUGAGUUCUUGGUGUGAGAUCAGGGAGCCACUUGUCACCCCAACUUAUGUGGCCAUUUUUAAAAGGAGUAAACAUUUUUGUCAUACGUAGUUGCAUUUUAAGCAUACUGAACCUUUCACUGUAGUUGCUGUCUGAUCAUCUGACUGCCUACUUUUCUUAACUCAUUGGACUUUGUUGUACUUAUGUUGCCAUGUCCCCAGACUUCUGCCAUUUACUUUGGGACUAUGUUAUCAUAGCCAAAAGGAAGGCCAAAAAUAUCAACAUAAGACCAAGUUGUGAUAAAGAAAUAAUCUAUGGGGGAGUUGCAGGUUGACCACUGAAGGUUGUGGCCCUGGGUCUUUGUGACUCCACACUAUGUCAUGUUCUAGCAAGCACAUAUUUAUAUAUGAAGACAGACACAGAGAGGGAGUGAGUCUGUGUGGCUUAUCUUGCAUGGGUGCUGACUGUAUUGUAAAGGUAAUAUAAUGGUGCCCUCUACAGGCAUUCUCAUGGAACUUGAAUGAAAGGACCGGAUGCCUCUUUAGCACUCUGUGUAAUCUUAAUUAAUGGAUUUUUUUUUUCAUUAGAUCAUCUGUGCAUUUAUUUGUAUGCAUGCUGACACAUUCAAAUGCACACUGAAUUAUGUGCACAAUGGAUUACUCAAACACACAGUGCAGAGUAAGUGUGUAGUAAAGGGACCAGUAACAAAGUGAAACAUGAAUUCUAUCUGUGCUCCCAAGUAUGUACUCUCUCUAGAAGAAGAUGUCAUAUUUUUUGUUGUUUAAACAAAUGUAUUGCAUUUUUGUAAGAGGAACUUGGAGCUGUGUGUUGUUAACAUCUGUAUAUUUAAAAAAAAAAAAAGGGUGCCUUUUCAUAAAUAGACAAUUUAUGAGAAGGUGAAAAAAGCUGUAUCCUCAAUAUGGCCGGAUGUUUUCUUUUUUGGUUUGUGUUCUUUCUUCCUCUCUUGUUUAUCUCUGUUUAGUGGAUAUGUUAAUAUGCAAACCCUCAGUUUGUGAGGCUUUGCUACCUUUUCUUUUUUGUUGUUCUCUAAUCAACUUCAGUUCCAGUCAUCUAGUUUUCACGCAACAUAGUUUAUAGUUCUGACCUCACUGUGCCACGAUGUCAUUUGUUUUUUCAGCAAAUGCAACCUUUUGUGGGAAGCAGUGGCACCAGUUACAUUCAGCAGUGAGUUCAGCUUGGAUCAGUUUGGUGCUGUGGCAAAUCAGUAUAUUGUAUAGUUCAAUGGCAGCACUGUAUUAGAUGGACAGUGACAUUCAAACAAAAGAAGAUGGUAACCCAACAAAUGGAAAAUGAUCACAGUACAGACAUGUAGCAACCUGUCUCAUCAACUUCUCUAUAGCAGUUUUAGAAAUGCAAUGUGAGACGGAAAUAUGAUGUCACACAAAUUUGUCUGGCCCAGUGAAGGGCGACACAGCCACAUACAGCAACAAAUCAGUCCAGAGCCGGUCCAGAUCACACACAGAACACAGACACGACUGAGGCCUAGAGUCCAGGCCUAUGUCAUGGUUGUGUGGCUCAUCAUUGGGCUAAACCAAUGUUGCUGUGUGGGGAUUGGCAAGCCAGUCAAGACUGUUGAUCAGAUAAGAGUGCAUGACUGAGCACAGAAUGAUCUCAGUUGAAAUCUAAAAAAGAAAGGUAAAUUAAUAAUUUACAUCAUGCUGUUUGCUUGAAAUGCAAAGGAGCAGACCACAUGGACUCAACUAGAAUGGGUUUUUAUAUUAAAGGAGAAUACACCUAACCUAGAAAAAGUUUUCUUCCUGAGGUUCAGUGGCUGAGUACAUGCUGUAUGUCGCUGGUUCACCUGCAUCCAUGCGGAAGGAAUGCUCAGCUCCAAAACAGCACAACUCAGCCCGGUUUGUUUGACCUGAUGUAGCUCUGUCGUACAGAACAUGUUGGUUUGUCACUGCUGCAGAUCAGAGACCAUGUGAAAACUGCUUUGGCUCCUGUGCACAACAUCACCUCCACAUAAUCAUCUGAAAUAUGUCACACAAUCUGCAUUCCUAUUUAUUGUUGUAACCACUGAGGUUUUGUACAGUUAGAGGACACAGUCAUGCAGACCAGACUCCAAAAACCUGCUUCUUCAUCUCUCCUGCCUGCUUUCCUUCUUUUAUUGUUUCUUUAAUGUUCCAUUCUUCCAUCCUCAUCCACUUUGUUUAACAGUAGCCUUUGUGAUGCUUAGUCAGUUUCAUGAUUUGUCAGUUAACAUAAUGAUAGUGAAUGAUAGGGACUUUUGAUUCAGUAACCAAUAUGCAAGACAA